UUGUCCAAGAAAGUCACACGCUCCAUAAGAGCACGAAGAAACAGAAUUCAACGCAACGUGUUCACUCUCAAAUAGGCUGAAAGGCGUAUGCUUACGUGGACAAUAAAGAUAGUGUGGGUUUGCAUUUGAUAAGGAUUUGAUAUUUCAAAGUCCCACGUAUUUAUUUACGUUUAAAUGUCAGUGCUACCGCGGAUUGUGUGGAUUCUUACAUCAUAGUGAACAUGAACAACGCAUCGCGUAAAGUGAAAAACCCGUUGUUGUCCGCUGCUGGUCCUGGCUUCUCUUUCGACAAUUACGCGGAGAAUACAUUGCUAGUACCAGUUAGACCUGCGUCCGUUGAGCUCCGAGAUGAUGCCGAGCUCGACAACUUCAUAGGACAGAAGCCGGCUAAUAUUCAAUCUCAAUCUCCAUCAAAAGCACAGGAGAAUUCUCCCACGGAUGCAUCUUUUCAAUCAAAAGAGAGUAAGGAUACAGUGAAUCAACCAACAAAAUCAGGAUAUUUUACAUCAAUCCUUUCUUCUCUACCAAACUUGUCGCUGUCAUCAAGUAAUACCGACACGGGAUCGCAAAUUAAUCAAACACCUGAGAACACCUCAAGCAGAGUGAUACACGAACCUAAUUCUUACAUAUCCUCUCAAGGGCAUCAUGGUUCUCAAUCGGAAAUACCAGGAUUCUUAGGGAUAAAUCCUCAAGAUCCUCGAAAUACAAACUUAUUAGGAUUUGCUGCUUUCGGUCCCACAGAUACUGUAUCGACUUCUCCGCAACCUGCAGUUCCGCCGAGUUUACCUCAAUCUGGUUAUACGCCUGUUUCUUAUCGACUUGGUAAUCAACGACGUCUGAAGUAUGCACCUCCGCCUGAUUUAACGUCCAACAACGCAAAGUCGAACCCAACGGCACAAACAUUCUUCCCUACUCAAAAUGUGUCUGCGCCGCCGACUAUUUUAAAUCCAUUUAAGUCGGAAGGAUCGGUACAAGGUAAUAAUUCGAGCGUACAGCAGACUAGCUCUUUACCCGAACAGCUUCCAAAGUUUGAGCAACUAUCGGGGAAUAAUUCUCUUCGUAGCUCAUUUCAAUCCAAUUCAGUUGCAACAGAAACAGCGUAUAAGUCAUCCGUAACAUCCACAACUCAAAAUAAAUUUUCUGAUAAUUCUUCCGCAUCUACGCCAUCGCAAUUUGUUUCGUCGUUAUCAAGACCAAUACCUGCGCAAAUAUUAGAGCCCGUAACGCCACAAAACACUCCGGCGAAUAUCUCAUUGCCUGGCUUCCCUUACGUGAAUCGAGAUAUCUUACCAACAUCUAGUUUAGAUAGAGAAGUGGCCGCGUUUCGGAACCCAAAUCAACUAAAUUUAUCGUCGGAAUUUUCGAGAAACAGUAUUUCCGAGACGACUACAGAAUCUGCGUAUAAGCCGUCAUCGAUAUCAGAGGAAACAAAAGCGACUUUUACGCCGGUAUCAGCAGCUAAGGUGACAGAAAAGUUGGAAAAUUUACUUGCAGAGCAAAAAGAAGAUUCUUCCUGUGUAACAACUUCCGAAAAUUUGUCAAACAUUGAUGAGAUUUCAUCCAACGUCACUACUGAAUUAACGAAAUCUUUCGAAUCGCAGAGUGAGACGCCGCUGGCUACAAAUGAGUUCAUCUAUGAAUCAUACAAGGCAAAGUUGAAUGACGUUCAAGAGAAAACCGCUCAGCCUGGAAAUGACACUUGGAGUGACGUAUUUCUUGGGCAAGAGCCAGCGGCAGAAUCGGUAAUCUGCUCGAAAGUACAUACAGCCGAUAACAUUCCGAAUGUAACAGAUAUCCAAACGGCGGAAGUGAACACACAUUUACCUCAAUAUUUCCAAUUGCAAUCGACAUCUAUGCCAAGCUCCGCUUUUUAUGCAGACAAGCCCGCAGAUCAAAAAUCAAACUUAAAUUACGUAGCGCCUCAACUUCUACUACUGCCUCCCACUGUCUACAAUACGCCAAAACCAACGGAGCAAUCGACAAGUGUGUUUUUCGAAUCGACAAAACCAGACAAGUUUUUGAAUUUUUCUCAGGAGAAAAAUAUAAAUCCUUCUCUUAGUCAACCAAACCUCUUAACGCUACCUGUUAACGAGACCAUUGUUGCGACAAAUAAUCUGCAGCAAGUUCAAGAAAAGUCAGCUUUUAGUUCUACAGCGAUCGAUUCCACGGCUUACUCACCGUUUUGGAAUGCUGAUCAAUCUUCUCAAUCGCAGGUGUUAAAUACUACAUCCAAUCAGCCAAUAUAUACUGCGCCCGAUCCUGGUCUAUCAGUAGCGCCAGUAUUGUACAAUCCUGCUCAAUUUGCGAAUAAAUUGGCUACACAACAGGCUCUCUCACAUACAUAUGAUCAACACUCUUCUCAACAGCAGUCGUAUCAAAUCAAUCCAUCUUUGUACAAAAAUACCAGUAGGUUACAGCAGUCUUACGCUGCUCAUGAAGAUAACACCGCAUAUUCUUCACCUGCAAUCUCAAUGGUAAUGCCAAUACCUGAACCAACAGGAUCAGCCACACUUAGCCCUAUUCAAAUGUCGGUUAAUGCACCUAUUAAUCGCACUACACCAGAUACUGUUCCACCAAGUUUCCAAAAUUUGGCUGCUGGAUCUUCCGAUAAACAUAUGCAGUACAGAUCGGUAUAUCAUCAUUGGUUCUACCGCAAAGAGGUGGAGAACAAAACACUAUGGCUUCCGUUCUCCAUGCAGGAUAGUUUAAAGUUAGAAGAAGUACAUAAUUCUACCGAUAUUACGCCUGAAACCAUAGUUGCUACUGAAGGUGGUCGUUAUGACGUUGAUAUUUUACGUCGUCAAAGAACGCCUGUGUAUUGGACUGGUGCAUCUACCGAAGUUAGGCGAUGUUCUUGGUUCUUCAAGGGAUCAACCGAAUCGAGAUACGUUCCUUACAGCGAGAGUACUGCUGCAAAACUCGAGGAGGAAUAUAAGCAAGCAUGCCUUGCAAACAAUUGGAAUCGAAGAGUCGACUUAAAUAACGGAGAAUAUGUUGUCUUCCAUAGCGCAACAGUUCAAGUUCAUUAUCUACAACCAACUUCCCCCAAUCUAGCAGGAUCUUGGGGAAAUAGUGCAGGAUCAGAGGACAGUGCAUAUUUGCAGGGUUCUUCAAGUAAACCAAGAGUUGUUAAAAGAGGAGUCGAUGAAUUCAAUAUAGAUGAGGGUGAGCCCGAAAAAGUAGAUCAUCUUCUAUUUCUUGUUCAUGGUAUUGGAAGUGUUUGCGAUUUAAAAUUUCGUACUGUAGAAGAAGUUGUUGAUGAAUUUCGAAGUAUAUCACUUCAAUUGGUACAGUCACAUUAUCGUACCGCGAGUGAACAAGGAAUUGUAAACAGAAUAGAAGUUUUACCAAUUUCCUGGCAUACAACGCUUCAUUCCGAGGAUACGGGAAUUGACAAAAAGCUGCAAUCUAUCACAUUGGAGAGUAUUCCAAAAUUACGACAUUUUACUAAUGAUACUUUGCUCGAUAUACUUUUCUACACCAGUCCCGUAUAUUGUCAAACUAUUAUGCGCACCGUUGGAAGCGAGAUAAAUAGAUUGCACUUUUUAUUCAAAGAAAGAAAUCCUACCUUUGAUGGAGAUAUAUACUUAGGUGGUCAUUCAUUGGGCAGUUUAAUUUUAUUUGAUCUACUGUGCCAUCAAAAGCCCAUUAAAAAGAAGGAAGAAGAAAAAGAAGAAGAAGAAGAAGAGAAAAACGAUGAUAAUACUGGUAGUGAUAAGAACGGUGAAAAUGAUAAUGUUGCGCCCAUUAAACAAAUGCCGGCGCCUGUUUUGAGAAGAAAUCUUAGUAGAAAGAUUAGCUACGUUGUAACGGGCGCGGCAGGAACUGGUCAGCCUUUCAUACAUUAUCCGCAACUCAAUUUUCAUCCGCGUGCCUUUUUUGCUCUCGGCAGUCCGAUUGGAAUGUUUGUAACUGUUCGCGGAAUCGACACUCUCGGAGAAAAUUUUAUUCUACCUACUUGUCCGGCUUUCUUCAACAUCUUUCAUCCUUUUGAUCCGGUAGCUUACAGAGUGGAGUCUUUAAUUAAUCCUGAAGCUCACAAAUUUCGUCCUAUGCUGAUACCACACCACAAAGGCAGAAAAAGAAUGCAUUUAGAAUUAAAGGAAACAAUGGCACGAGUCGGAGCAGAUUUGAAACAAAAGUUAAUUGAUUCCGUGAAACAUACGUGGAACUCUUUCUAUCAGUUAGCCUUAUUUCACAAGCCAGACAAUCAAACUCUGGAACGUGAAAUCGAUAAAGUAGUCGAGGAACAGUUGCAGCAGCAGCCUGUUGUACCAGAGCAACAUAACAAUGAUGAUGGUGGUGCCAAUCUAAAAAUAGGAAAACUUAAUGGUGGUCGAAGGAUAGAUUACGUUCUUCAAGAAGCGCCUUUCGAAUAUAUUAACGAAUAUAUCUUUGCUCUUACAAGCCAUAUCUGUUACUGGGAAUCCGAGGAUACUAUGCUCUUGAUACUGAAGGAAAUAUAUGGAUGUAGAGGUAUUCAGACGGAUGCGCAACUUCCUCAGCAGACAAUGUCAAUUGAAAGAGUAUCCCCUUCGCCAUCUUUGAAUUUAGCAGUUGCGUUGUCGAACAAUGAAAGUAACGUAGGAACAUCUGUUAUGGGAAUAGAUCCUACAGUGCCUAUAUCCGGCAGACCUGUUGGUCCACCACCUAAGACUGGUUUUGUAUCAAAAUCAUGAUAGAUGAAACAUCUUCCCUAUCUUACUCUUUUAAUUUAAACAUACAGUAUAUGUAAGUGUAAAAUUAAUCUAUCUGUCAACGUAACAAAAAAUUGCAAUGAGAGAGAAAUUAAAUUUACUUUUGAUUUGUAUUUAAAAUAAAAAGAUUAGAUUGCGU